AUGUUGAGACUAGUCGAGUGGGGCGGAGGUGUCUAUGUUGAUAGCGGAGGUGUCUAUGUCGAUAGCGGAGGUGUCUAUGUUGAUAGCGGAGGUGUCUAUGUCGAUAGCGGAGGUGUCUAUGUUGAUAGCGGAGGUGUCUAUGUCGAUAGCGGAGGUGUCUAUGUUGAUAGCGGAGGUGUCUAUGUCGAUAGCGGAGGUGUCUAUGUCGAUAGCGGAGGUGUCUAUGUCGAUAGCGUCUCGUCCUACUCGACUAAUCCGCUUGAUAGUGGAGCAGCACUUAGUAGCUUGUUACAACACUAUCUCGCUCUGCUCGAUAGUGUCGAUAGUGGAGCAGCACUUAGUAGCUUGUUACAACACUAUCUCGCUCUGCUCGAUAGUGAGGUGUCUAUGUGA